UAUUGAAUUUGAUAAUAUUAUUCCACUCUACAAACUUCUUGAAGUGAACCAACAAAGAAAAAUAGAUAAUGUAUUAAAAAAUAAUUAUGGAAUUAUAAUGACGGGUAUUGCUGAUUUAAAAGAUUUAGAUAGUAAUAAUGUUGUGCAUUACAAGCGUAUUAAUUUAAAUUCAGAAUCAGUAUUGGAAAGUGAAGAUUAUGAAGUAUUUGGAUCAAUAAUUUCAGAAGAUAAUAUAAAAUUAGAACAGAUUUGUGUUAAUUUUGGAUUAUUUGAUUUUAGCGGUUUCUAUGCAAUAAUAGAAAAAUUGAAAAAAACAAGUUUUGAUAUAACGAAAUGUUAUGUUUUAUGGAUGAUUGUUGGCAAUCCUUCAAAAUUAUCAGUUCUUAGUCCAAAUAACCGAGAAUUUCAAGUUGAUUGCAUUAAAGAAUCUAUUACACUACAACCUAAUAAGUCAAAUUAUUGUAUAAAAAUACCUUUUCCAUUAUCUCUUGGAUAUACUAUUUCCGUUCAUACAUACUACUCUUCAUCAAAUUAUGAAUCUUUUAAUAUAAUUAAA